GCGCGCUCUUGCCCUCAAGCAAAAUGGCGGCGGCGGCCUCCCCGCUCUCCCUGCCAAGGUGGUUGCCAGGAGUUGCGUUGGCCUAACCCAAUGGAAAACCAAGCGUUGGUUGGUUUGGGUUUUGUAUUUUUUUUGUGUGUGCUAUUUUUGAGGGCGGGCGGCGCGGCCUAGAGGUGGGCGAGCGCGGGACGGAAGGGGCGCGAAGGCGUUUAAAACGGCGGGAAAGAACCGGGCCCGCGGGGGGGGGGAGGUGUGUGUGAGAGAAUUAGGAUUUACCUCAACGUCUUUUGGGAGAGGGGAGCGCAGUGUGGGCGGGGCCUGUGGCAGGUGCGAGGCGGGGGACAGGUGUGGGCGGGGCCAGAGGAUUGUGGGUGGAGCUCCAGGGGGAUUUGGGGGUGGGAGUUGUAGGAAGGGGCCUGCCAUUAAAACUGAGGUGGGGGCGCUUAAAGGGGAAGAGAGUGUGUGAUGUGGCGGGAGGCAUGCUUGGGGUUGUUUUCAGUUUUCAGAAAGUGAGUGUGGAGCUUUAAGGGGCAAGAAGUGGGAUCCCUCUAGGGCAGGAGUGUGGGGCUGGCAGAGCAGGAGCCUCCAGAUGUUGCUGGACUACAGAUCCCAUUGCCCCUGGGUGCUGGCUGUAGCUGAUGGGACUUAUAGUCCAGCAGCAUGUGGGGGGGGGGAAGCCCACCCAGGUUCCCUGGAUCAAUAGAGCUUUAACCAAGUAGGAGUUGAGCCAUGUGCCCAUCAGGAAAUGGGGACUAAUGCCACCAUACAGGGCAAAGGCUAGCAGUGGCGCAGGGCAGGACUUUUCUUUAGCUGGGAUCUGACCCUUGAUGUCACCUGUGUUCUUCCCAUUGUCCUUCUGUAAGCUCAUUCUAUGCCCCUAACGGGUAUCGUUUUCUCUUCAGGGUACCAGCUGGGAAGCACCACCUGCUCAGUCCUGUUCCUGCAGCCCCAGGCGAGGCCUCUCCUUCCAGCAUCUCCUUGCCGGCACUCCGGACAGGCCAGCAUGUCUGAAAGCACCUUCCAUCUGUCGGAGUCCUGUUGUCACGGGACACUCCGCAUUAUGACAGGGGCUCUGGGCUUCUGAGCACAGAACUCCUGCAGCCUGGCCGGCUUGGGCAAAGGCUUUGGAACUACUACCUCCAACUGUACCAAUGGCCGACAAGAGUGCCUGCAGGACUUUGAGCUCCUCCAUCCACAGUGAGGAUCUUCUGAGCGACAUGGAGCUGCUGCCACCCUCGGCUCCUGCCUCCCCAGGGCAAAAGGUCCCUUCCUCUCAGGCGGGCACCCCCUAUACCUCCCAGGUGACGGCACAACUCUAUGCCUCGCUGCAUCAGAGCCGGCAGGCUGAGGUUCAGGCCCGCUCCCACCUGGAGAACCACCACAGCUUGGGCCUCUCCAGGGAAGCGGAGGCCCCCGAAGUAGAUCUGGACACUCUGGCGGAGGAGCUCAGCCACCGACUCUCAACCAGCGUGGAGGCCAGCACCUACAGGAAGGUGAGGAGGAGAGGUCAUGUGGCUGGGGAGAGGCUGGAGACGCAGGAUAAAACACCCAGGCCUCUUUCAUUCUCUCCUGCAGGGACCUGCCGUCGAGUCCCGCCACAUCUCUGAGAUGGAGAACGUGCGCUGCCAUCUGCAAGGCAUGCUCCGUGGGUCCAGGGAUGCUGCUCAUGGUGAGAGAACCAAAAAUUUUGUUGUUGUUUAGUCGUGUCCGACUCUUCAUGACCCCCGGACCAGAGCACGCCAGGCACUCCUGUCUUCCACUGCCUCCCGCAGUUUGGUCAAACUCAUGCUAGUAGCUUCGAGAACACUGUCCCACCAUCUCGUCCUCUGUUGUCCCCUUCUCCUUGGGCCCUCCAUCUUUUCCAACAUCAGGGUCUUUUCCAGGGAGUCUUCUCUUCUCACGAGGUGGCCAAAGUAUUGGAGUCUCAGCUUCAGGAUCUGUCCUUCCAGUGAGCACUCAGGGCUGAUUUCCUUAAGAAUGGAGAGGUUUGAUCUUCUUGCAGUCCAUGGGACUCUCAAGAGUCUCCUCCAGCACCAUAAUCCAAAAGCUUAAUCCAAUUCUUCGGCGAUCAGCCUUCUUUAUGGUCCAGCUCUCACUUCCAUACAUCACUACUGGGAAAACCAUAGCUUUAACUAUACAGCCCUUUGUUGGCAAGGUGAUGUCUCUGCUUUUUAAGAUGCUGUCUAGGUUUGCCAUCGCCUUUCUCCCAAGAAGCAGGCGUCUUUUAAUUUCGUGACUGCUUGUCACCAUCUGCAGUGAUCAUGGAGCCCAAGAAAGUAAAAUCUCUCACUGCCUCCAUGUCUUCCCCUUCUAUUUGCCAGGAGGUCAUGGGACCAGUGGCCAUGAUCUUCGUUUUUUUGAUGUUGAGCUUCAGACCAUAUUUUGCGCUCUCCUCUUUCACCCUCAAUAAAAGGUUGUUUAAUUCCUCCUCACUUUCUGCCAUCAAUGUUGUGUCAUCUGCAUAUCUGAGGUUGUUGAUAUUUCUUCCGGCAAUCUUAAUUCCGGCUAGGGAUUCAUCUAGCCCAGCCUUUCGCAUGAUGAAUUCUGCAUAUAAGUUAAAUAAGCAGGGAGACAAUAUACAGUCUUGUCGUACUCCUUUCCCAAUUUUGAACCAAUCAGUUGUUUCAUAUCCAGUUCUAACUGUAGCUUCUUGUCCCACAUAGAGAUUUCUCAGGAGACAGAUGAGGUGAGCAGGCACCCCCAUUUCUUUAAGAACUUGCCAUAGUUCAAGCCCCUUCGCCACGGCAAGGCAGUGAUCCACGAAGGGGGUACAAAAAAUAGGAUUUUAAAAAAGCUUUUUGUGGGGGAACAUGAUCCAACCAGACAUCCCUUUGGAGAGGCUCCCCUAAUCCUGGUCCUUUUUACUCACUUCCCUGCAUGGCACACUUCCACUGCCACCCACCUCUUGAUCUCUCAUCUCACCCCUGAAUCUAUAGCAGGUUCUCUCUAGCCAGCCUCCCAAGCAGGAACACUGGAAGUGGCCUUAUACCAAAAUCGGAGCCGGUUCUCCCUUCACCCCCAAAGCUGCUUCCGACCUGCAGACAACAAUUUCCACCUUUCUGCCUGCAGGGGAUGCUGUGGCACUGCGGACUUUUGAGCGGAAAGACGAUGACUCCUUUGAGAGUGACAGCACGACAGCCUUACUCAAGUAAGUUCAUCUCAGGACAUGAACAGACUUCCUAGGGCUCUGGGCAGCGGUUGGUGUUUUUUUCUAAAAAGAAAAAUAGGUGCUGCUACGCUGUGGAAGGCACAGCCUCUUGGAGGUGCUUUAGUGCAACCCUUUGCGCGCCAAAGCACAUUCCAGGAAGGUGCCUGAGGAUCAUAAAAGUCAUGCCAGAGCAGAGGCAUUUGGGCAGAAGCGGCGGCAGUGAGAUGGUGGCAGGGAAAAAGAGGUAGCAGUAUGCUAGACUGAUGCGUACCGACCGAAAAAAGAGCACUUGCUCUGGGUCAGUUGCUAUUGUAGCCUUGAGGGGUUCCUGCUACACAGCUCUUCCCAGCCAGAAGCAGCUUCAUCUCAGGAGACAGAUAAACAACCCUGUUUAAGCUCUUGGGUGAAUUUCAGAUUCUGUUGAGGAGCCUUGAUGUCUCGCCACAUGCUGUUUUUUUGAAAUCAUUGGGGGCCUUUGAGAACCGUGGCUUAGUUUGCAUGCUACACAAACCUUGGUUCAGUCCUGAGCCUUGGUAAUGUGCAUGAGUUUCUGAUUGGUUUUGCUUGGUGCAUUCAGAGGCUCCUGCAUGUCAUGAGAAACCAUGGUUCAGUGUUGCAUGCAGACCAGAAUUCACUUCUCGGCUUCCUCACAUAUUUGAAGGAUAAAUGGAGGUGCCUUCCCUUUAGCUAGGGUAUGAGAUGAUCUCAUACAAAGCUUAUCUUUGGAGUCCACAGUUCUAGAGAGCAGAGGUGGAGAACUGGAUCUGGCUGGUGGGCCAGAUCCCUUAACUCCACUACCCUCUGCAGGUCACCAACUUAUCAAUCACGUGACAUCACAGUGAUGUGAUUCCCCAACCCCCGGGCUAGCAUAGAGCGUGCACCUCACUUUGAAGCCCUGUGGAUCAGCUUUAAAGCACCACACACAGCUCUGUGACAGUCCCGAAUAUCAGCUGUUCUUGCAUAGAGCAGCACAGGCACUUAAGCACCAACAACCAGCUGGUUGUCACGGCUUCACAGCGCGGCCAUGCAGGGCAUUGCAGGUGCGCCUGAUUUGCAGCGCCUGCAACCCCCCUUUUUUGGCUCAGUCCUGCCUGUACCUGCACCUCACAUUGUGAGGUGGAACAGGUGGGCAAGGCUUGGCCAAACAAAGUCCUAAAAGGUAAAGGGACCCCUGACCAUUAGGUCCAGUCGUGGCCGACUCUGGGGUUGCGGUGCUCAUCUCGCUUUAUUGGCCGAGGGAGCCGGCGUACAGCUUCCGGAUCAAGUGGCCAGCAUGACUAAGCCGCUUCUGGCGAACCAGAGCAGCACACAGAAACGCCGUUCACCUUCCCGCCGGAGCGGUACCUCUUUAUCUACUUGAACUUUGAUGUGCUUUCGAACUGCUAAGUUGGCAGGAGCAGGGACCGAGCAACGGGAGCUCACCCCGUCGCGGGGAUUCGAACCGCCGACCUUCUGAUCGGCAAGUCCUAGGCUCUGUGGUUUAACCCACAGCGCCACCCGUGUCCCUAAGGCCCAGCUAAUGAGGCCUGUGGGCCAGAAGUUACCCACGAUAGAGAAAUGCAGAGACCCCAGUGUAGGAGCAAUAUUGUAAAAGGAGGAUCAGUAGACAGACGACAGCCCUUGGGGUGAAAGGCCAGGAAGUGGUUCAGCCAACCCUUAAAUGUUGAGAGAGAGCGGGCUCUAGAACUCCUGGGUCCUUGUCCUGGCGUCUUGGGGAUAGAAGAUGCCGGAAGCUAAAGAGUAAGAGUGUCAGAAGGGUGGAGGGAUCGAUUGUGGCUGGUUUUGAAGGAGCCUCUGUUGCCUUCACGUCGCCUUUCCGUUUGUCCCCUUAGCGCCAGGCCCCUGCAGGAGGUCUCUCCUCCUGGCUCCCUAGCCGGCUUCGAGCAGCUAUUUCCCCGCUACACCAGUCUGCGCUUGGGCCAACUCCGUGAGCACCCGCCAUAUGCCGACUCCCACCUGCUGAAGGACUCUUUGGACAAGGAGCAGGCCCGGCGGAAGGUGAGUGGCACCUGACACCUGUGGAGCCUGCCUGAAGGAUUCACAAAGGAUUGUGGGAGAAUGAGGGAACGGGUGGCUGCUAGGCCUGGGUCUGCCCUGUCCUCUUCUCCCCCCAAAUUGCUUUUAAAAGUCAUAUUCUUCCCCUGAAACAGUCGUUCUCAAAAAAGUUUCUGUUGGGCACACUUCAAUAAUAAUAAAAUUAAUAGCAAUAACAAUUACAAUAAUAAGAAUAUUUUUUUAUUAUUUAUACCCCGCCCAUCUGUCUGAGUUUCCCCAGCCACUCUGGAUGGCUCCCAACAGAAUAUUAAAAAUGCUAUAAAAUUAAAAACACGAUGAACAAAUAAAAAUUUGUUCAUGCCACACUGAAUUUUUUAUUGAUAAGAAAUUCAUUGGAAAAUGAAAAGAUCACAAUUAGGAAUGUCCUGAGUAUCAUUUGGAUCUUCUUGCUUUCAUUUUGGAAAGAUAUCUAUCCAUAUUCUGCAAAAGUGUAUUUUUUGAUGCUAUACUAUACUAUACUACACUGAAAUGUUUCUUUGAUUGUCCUCAAAUCUUCCUGCCACACUUGCCAUCCUCUCCUGCCACACCCUCUGAGAACCAUUGCCCUAAACAAAGAAAUCCAACUGUUUGAGGAUUUCUUUGCCGGGGAUAAUGCUCCACGCAGACCGGUGUUUAGUAAAAAACGCAGCCUAGUCCAUUGGCCCAGCGGCCUCGCACCCCACCCCCCCUUCUCACCUGCGCCUCUCCUAAUUGCCAGGAUUACUGCUUUGCAUUAGGCAACCAAAGAGGCUUGAAGGAUGGACCAGUCUGGCUGGAGGGGGGGUAUGAAGUAAGUGUCAUGUGACCUGCGACUUUAAGUAAAGCUACUCGGACUUAGCCGGUAUCAUGGCCCAUAAUGAGCUUUCUGACCUUCCAGCCACGUGCCCCCCUACAUUCACCUUCAACAUGGGCAGAGUUCCAUGGGCAGUUAGGAAGACGGGAUCAGGGCUGCAAGCUGCGGUUGUUGCUGAACUGUAACCUCUUCACGAAAGAAACCAGGAGUCCUGACUUCUCUGGGGAAAGGGAUAAGGUCCAGUAGAUCUGCUUUUCAGCAGCCCCUUCCUCUCAGAGGAUCGCAAUGCUGAAAGGGGCGACAGCCGUAUCCCUGAUAUGUGUCCAAACCGUGCAGAAAAGCCUCUGCUUUAAAAGCGCACCACCUUUGGGGUCAGCCGGUUUCACCAUCAAAUCGAGGCUGCGUUUCCCAAAUAUGCAAGGAAGCGACGCUUGAGUUUGUAUGUUUGUGUCAGCCCUGAUCUUCAGCCAAAGGGAAGUGGAGCUGAACUUCCGGAGAUCUUUAGAGUUCUCUGUGGCACCCUUCUCCCACCUCCAAAAAGCUUGCCAAGUAAAAAUAUAUUUGGUGGUUUGUUUGUUUUGUUUUUUAAAAAAACCAAUUUUAUGCAAAAUCAGCAAGAGGCCAUGAGACUUUGCUUUGAUUUCCAUGAUUUAGGAUGCAGAAUGUGGCUCCGUUCUGGGGCAGAACUUGAAUCUAUUAAGCUUCACACAGCCUGUAUAGCCCUAGACAUGACUGUAUACUUGCGACACCAUAAUAACUCAUCUAGAAAAUAAUAGCUCCAGCUUCACUAGCAUGGAUAUGGGUACCUGCUCUUUUCACAACAGGUGGGGAAUAUCCACUCUUUCCCCCCUCUUUAAGCUGGGGUGGACAGGCUAAAGUCUUUGGGUGUGGUUUACUUUCCCUGUUGGGUUUUGGUCUCAUUAGUUUCCAGUGGCCCAGCAAUUAGUUUUCAAAAUACAAGAGUGCCUAACACAGAAUCUUGUGAAGGGUGAAAUCAUUCCUCACUUGUGUCAGCUGCUCUGGAGUCGGCACUCAUGGUUGUGAAUAUAUGAAGUGCCUUUCUGGAUGGGCCGAAGCCCACAUAGUGCAGCAUCCUUUGCAGAUAACCUAAUAAAAACCUGCCAGAUCAGGCCAGCUCUCAUCUAGUCCAACAUCCUGUUCUCACAGUGGCUGACCAGAUCAUAGAAUCAUAGAAUCAUAGAGUUGGAAGAGACCACAAGGGCCAUCGAGUCCAACCCCCUGCCAAGCAGGAAACACCAUCAGAGCACUCCUGACAUAUGGUUGUCAAGCCUCUGCUUAAAGACCUCCAAAGAAGGAGACUCCACCACACUCCUUGGCAGCAAAUUCCACUGUCGAACAGCUCUUACUGUCAGGAAGUUCUUCCUAAUGUUUAGGUGGAAUCUUCUUUCUUGUAGUUUGGAUCCAUUGCUCCGUGCCCGCUUCUCUGGAGCAGCAGAAAACAACCUUUCUCCCUCCUCUAUGUGACAUCCUUUUAUAUAUUUGAACAUGGCUAUCAUAUCACCCCUUAACCUCCUCUUCUCCAGAAGAUCCCACAGAUCCCUGUGGGAAACCUGCAAGCAGGAUUGGAGCACGGCCACCCUCCCUUCCUGCGAUUUCUAGCAACUGGUAUUUGCUUCCUCAAAUUCUGGAGGCAGAGCGCAGCCAUCGCAAGCCCUCUCCUCAAUGAAUUUGUCUAAUCCUCUUUUAAAGUCAUCUAGGUUGCUGGCCAUCGCUGUCUCCUCUGGGAGGGAGGGCUGUAAUUUAACUGUGUGCUCCUUUUCUCCAUCCUAAACUUUCAACAUUCAGAGACCUGCUCAAGGGGCAGCUCUUAGGCUGUGCAAAAAAGGCACAGGCACCUUAUUUGUGCCCAACCCUUGCUUUUAAUCCACUCUCCGGUGCAUUUUAAAGGAGUGUUCUCAAGUACCCAAUCUUGUCAUUGUUGUCCCCCUGCCCUCCAGCUUGUGUUCAACUCCAGCCUCCUUCCAAACCUGCAAACAGAAUCCUGCCUCCACCUCGUUCUCCUCUCGUCUUAACCAUCUUCCGGAGGACAAGGGAGCGGAGUGGGUGGUGGCGAUGAUGAGGGAAGGAGGCCAGCCCUGACCAGGAGGAGGCGCUGGCGUGCCGCAGACCCAGCCCACGUGCCGGUGGAACAAGCCUGACCUUGGUGAUGCUGCUGCCGAGCGCCUUGCCCGGCUUUAAGCUGCUUGCUGGGGUGGGUGGAGGGCUAGCCGGCCCCCUCCCGAGGCUCAAUUUAGCCCUCUAAGCCUAUUAGAGCGCAGGAGCCUGCUAUGCCUGGCCCAGGUGCUGCUGGGAACCCAAAGUAAGCUCCAGGGCUCUGAGAGCUGCUCCAGAAAGUCCUGGAACUUCCUGGGAGAAAUAUUCUGGAGGGCUCAAAUCUCGGCCUUUCUGGGAGGCAGGUGGGAGUGUGUGGGUGAAGCGGCUUCUGCCCCAUUGCGUUGCCCAGGCAAAGGAGUUACCGUAUUUUUCGCUCUAUAAGACGCACCAGACCGUAAGACGAACCUAGUUUUUGGAGGAGGAAAACAAGGAAAAAAAUAUUCUGAAUCUCAGAAGCCAGAACAAGAAGAGGGAUCGCUGCGCAGAGAAAGCAGCGAUCCCUCUUGCUGUUCUGGCUUCUGGGAUAGCUGCGCAACCUGCAUUCGCUCCAUAAGACGCACACACAUUUCCCCUUACUUUUUAGGAGGGAAAAAGUGAGUCUUAUAGAGCAAAAAAUACGGUAUGUCCUUUUGAGCAGCCACUGAACACCAGGGCUUACUUUUUAAAAGAGUAUCCGUUGCUCACUCGUGACAUGAGAGCUUUCCCUCCUUCUUGGUCCCAGCGCAGCAAGGAGAGGCACCCAUCUAUUAGGGCUUUUUUGCUCUAUGCUUGAGCCCCAACACCCCCCCCCCCCGAAUACACUUGGAACUCUCGUUCCUUGGACACCCUGGGCUGAUUCACGCCAGGCUACAUUUCGGUGGCGCAUUUGCCACAGGGUGGUCCCCGCUGUAUCCAAAACAGGUGCCCCACCGUUCAGCUAUGGUCCCCUCUCCCCCAAGAAGUGCCCGGCCAACCUAGGAGUCAGACUCAGGUCCGCAGCAUGACAGGCAGAGAUGCCAGUCCCUCUGCUACAAACACUGCCUGUAACACAGCGUUGUGAUAAGCGUGUCUGGGUGGGAGGAGAACGGAUUACUCGCUGGGACGUAGCAACUUGCAGUGGUACUGCAGGAAGGUGUUUUUGGUAGAAGCGGGUGCAACAUCUCAACGGACGUCCGGCUGGCUAAAAGCAACUCCAGUCCAUGUUUAACGAGGGCUGGGAGUAUAUUGUGACACUGAAAAGUCAUAUGAAUCGGGCCCGGACAGGUCUGCCUUGGGAAAGCCUUCCUGAUUCAAGGCACCCAAGCCCAAGAAGCCCCCUCAGUGGGGCUUGAGGGCCACUGACUAAUAUCUUAACAGAUGGGCAGGUCCGCCCUGAGAUGCAAGUGAUACUAUCGCUGGCUCUCUUCCAAGCCCAAUUAAACACAUUUUUAUUCGCCCGGGGUUUUUUGUUUUUUGUUUUACAGGGGAUUGGUCUGCUACGAGUACUAUAGCUGUAGUACUGCUGAAGUUGGAUCUGCCAAGUCAUAGAUAGCUCAGCUGCAAUUCUUUUUUUUUUUUAAUUAAAAAACAAUUAAAUACAUUUUAUUAGUAUUUUCCACACAACAACAACAUGAAAAAUAUCGAAAAAUAACAAUACACAACACACAAAAACCAACAUUCGAAAAACUAAAAAAGCAACAACAACUAAAAAAACCAAAACAAAUGCAUAUCUUACAAGUUAAUAAUAUAAACACUAAAAAAAAAGAAAAAUGUUUUGUUUUGUAGCUCAGCUGCAAAUCUGUUGUUUUGCUGAAUUAUUAUGAUUGCUUUAAAUACUGAUUAUGCUUAUCUGUAUUGGGGGGGGGAGUUUCUGGGAACUGGCAUGAAGUGUUCCCUGAUGCUCAUCCCCAUUAACAGCCACUGGACCCAGAUGUGGGCAACAAGAUCUGGCCACUGGCCAGAGCAUUAUUCCCCCCCUCCAUUUGGCCCAGCAUGAUGGGCAAAGGUACAGCCUACAAAGCUCUGGUCAAUCAGCUGACUGUCACCUCUUGCAAAGCCCUGUGCCGCAGAUCAGCUGAUCAGUGGUGCCUGGAAACGCCCCCAUGGCCAAGCCAGGUCUUCACCUGCCCCGCACCUGACAUCAGGUGGGAGCAGCUGGACCAAAUAGGGAGGCCUGGUGGGUCUCAUCAGAUUCACAGGCCAAAGAGUCCUCCUUGCUGCCCUAGGCUAACCCAAGACAGCCAAGUCUGGGGCAGGAUGGGGGAGACUGUUUCCUUCCAAACGGUUUGCUCAUGCAAACCAGGCAGAUCAAGGCUUGCUUCUGUCUGCCACAGAGGGGACUUAUGCUGCUCUUGGAGGCAGAGGAGAACUCCGCUUCCACUGAGCAGGGUGCUCCGUGUAGGACAGGAGAGAAGCAGCGACUGAACACCUGUAUUUAUAAGAGGAUAUAAACAGGGCAGAAGUAAGGCACGGCCUCCUGAAUAAUCCCCAGGACUGGCUCAGGUCCCGGAAGUCUUCAUCUUUCAUUUUAGCUGUUAGGGGUUUGACUGAUAUCAAAGUUUCCAUCGCUCAGGACUGUGGGGGGGGGGGAGACGGGGGGAGAACCUGGAAGAAUGGUGCAUCAGUGGGGGGUCCUUGGAAAGCAGCCGGGACUUGAGUUGCCCCUUCCGCAAGAAUCCUUUCCUCCUACCUCCCCUAGCCCAAAGGCUUCACCCUUCCCUUCCACAACCAGUGAAUUCCUGACCGCUUCCUCCCACCCAGCACUGCGAGCGGCACAUCCACGCCUUGCAGAAUCGCAUCCUGGAGCUGCAGCAGCAGCUGGCUGUCGCCGUCUCGGCGGACAAGAAGAAAGACAGCAUGAUAGAGCAGCUGGAUAAGGUGAGCCUUCGACACGACAGGUGGGUGGGUGGGUGGCCGAGAUGUCCAGAGACAGGCUGGCCCAGGAGCGGCAGCGGCAGCAGGUGGGUUGGAGUUGGAGCAUCAUUGCUGGAGCCAUGGGGAGUCCGGGGCAUGGAGGCAGGAGGCCUCUGAAUAGAAGUGACUGGGGACUGCAGGUGAGGAGAGUGCUGCUGCUGCUGCUGCUGCUGUGGUCAGGUCCUGCUUGUGGACCACAGUGAGAAGAGGAUGGUGGACUAGAUGGGCCUCAUCUGGCAGAGCUCCUUUCAACAUUUUUACACGUAGCAGCUGCUGGUCUUAGCAACUGCAGGGAGGGCAGUUCUUUACAAUCUUCUGACCCCUGGGGUGCAGGAACCUUUGGUCCUCCCAGCUGAACUACAACUCCCACCAGUCCCAGCAAAGCACAGCUCAAUAGUUGGGGGAGAUGGGAGCUGCAGUUCAGCAGCGUCUGGAGGACCAAAGGUUCCCCACACUGGCAGUAGCUUCUCCCUACCGCAGCCCUGAAAGCUACACUCUUUUUAGCAAAGCCUGAUAACUGGGGCUGUUUCAAAGGCAGAACUUGCAGCACCCGCCCAGGUCAACAACUUAGCCCAUUCAUUCAUUCAUUCUAUUUCUAGGCCACUUUCGACUCGCACACAUAUCACAAACCAGCUUACAGACAAUAACGUAGCAUCACAAUUGCAACAUGGAUCCUAUAGAAUAAUUAACGAAUCCUCAGUAAAGCAAUUGCAAAUCACCAGCGAAAUGAGGACCUCCUAUAAAAUGCUGUUAACAAAACAGCUAAAAAAUACGCAAAAUGGCAGAGCCACAACGAAGGUCAUAUGAUAAGAUUCACAAAGCCUUACAGCUCUCAUAAUCCACAAAACAAUAUUGUUGUUUAGUCGUUUAGUCGUGUCCGACUCUUCGUGGCCCCCUGGACCAGAGCACGCCAGGCACUCCUGUCUUCCACUGCCUCCCACAGUUUGGUCAAACUCAUGCUGGUAGCUUCAAGAACACUGUCCAACCAUCUCGUCCUCCGUCGUCCCCUUCUCCUUGUGCCCUCUAUUUUUCCCAACAUCAGGGUCUUUUCCAGGGAGUCUUCUCUUCUCAUGAGGUGGCCAAAAUAUUGGAGCCUCAGUUUCAGGAUCUGUCCUUCCAGUGAGCACUCAGGGCUGAUUUCCUUAAGAAUGGAGAGGUUUGAUCUUCUUGCAGUCUGUGGGAUUCUCAAGAGUCUCUUCCAGCACCAGAAUUCAAAAGCAUCCAUUCUUCGGCGAUCAGCCUUCUUUAUGGUCCAGCUUUAAUAUUAACCAUUAAUAUUAACAAUAUUAAUAUUAGCAAACUUGCAACCGAAAACAAACUAAGGACUGUCGAAUUCACACACACACACUUUCUUCAUACUGCAGAGGUGCCUGUUGCAUCCCAGGCUUGAACAAGGAUCUCGGGUGUUUCCCAGAGAGCCCUCUGCCUUGCUUACUCUCUCAGGAUCAUUGUACGGGUCUCAAAGGUACAUUUGCUGUAGGCUCAGUGCUCUAGUCACCUCUGCAUAUAAAGGAAACAAGAACAACGCUCAUAGUGAGCAUUUACCUCUGGAAUAGAAUUGAGCCCCCAGCUGCUUGUUGGUCAUUUCAAAACAAGCUCUAUGCAAGCAAGCAAGCAAGCAGUGGUUGAGUCCAGGCCAGAAAAAUGGCCUGCAGAGGCCAGUGUAGGAUGUGGCUUCCAGGGGACGGAGGGGGAAAUUGACUACAGUUUCGACAAUACACCAGUUCUCUCUCACUGCCCAAAGAGCGAGGGAUCUCUUUACAGCUGGGGAACCCCCUGGAUCCCUGCCGGGGCGGGGGCGGGGGGGCAGGGAAGACAGCCAGUUGAGCCUCUCAUUCUGCUUUCAACAGACCCUGGCCAAAGUGGUGGAGGGCUGGAACCGGCACGAGGCUGAGCGAACGGCGACGCUACGCAGGCUGCAGACGGAGAAGGAAGGGCUUGAGCAGGCGCUGGGGAAACAGAAGGAGGUGGGGUUUUGGGCCACGGAUCUCAGCAGGGCAGCAAGAGGGUGGGGUUCCAGCUUCGCCCAUCGGCAGGCAGGCGCAUAGGGCCACCAGGAAAUUUGGAGAGAGGCACUCUGGUGGUGCUGUGGGUUAAACCACAGAGCCUAGGACUUGCCGAUCAGAAGGUCGGCGGUUCGAAUCCCUGCGACUGGGUGAGCUCCUGUUGCUCAGUCCCAUCUCCUGCCAACCUAGCAGUUCGAAAGCACCUCAAAGUGCAAGUAGAUAAAUAGGUACUGCUCUGGCGGGAAGGUAAAUGGCGUUUCUGUGCGCUGCUCUGGUUUGCCAGAAGCGGCUUAGUCAUGCUUGCCACAUGACCCAGAAGCUGUACGCCGGCUCCCUUGGCCAAUAAAGCGAGUCGGCCAAAACUGGACCUAAUGGUCAGGGGUCCCUUUACCUUUACCUUUGCAUUUUGUAGCUGCGCUGGAUCAACUAUGAGGCAGAAUGGGGCAGCCCCCUCCCUGUUGCUCUUGUACACAACCUCCCCUUUUUUCUGUGUUGAUUCUGUUGAGAUUCGCUCUCAGUCAGGUUGACGUCUCUCUCUGGGAUGGGCUAAGGGGGGGGGCACCAUCUUGCCUUUUGCUUCAGGCAGUGAAAUGUCCCAGGCAGGCCUGGACGGAACCAGCAACCCAUCACCCUGGGUCUAGGAAGGAUAGAAUAGAAUUUUAUUAUUACGGUCACAGACCAAAAGCCUGGUAAGGUAUCUUUGGGGGUGGUUAUUAUGGUCACAGACCAGUUCUGGGUCACUUACAAUAUCAGGAAAAUCAUAAAACACAAUGGUCUAGGAAGGACGCAGCUGGGGGCCCCUCUCUGUCUUCGGGAAAUGGCUAACUCUUCUUUCCUAUAGAAAAUCUCGGAGGUUGAAGAGCGCCUCUCACAAGCCUUGUCUGCCCUCAGCCAGGAGCAGCAAGCGGCCAAUCAGUUCUGCAAGGAGAAGGAGGCUCUGGUAAGAAGCACCUUCCUUGAACCUUCCCAAGCCCCUGCUCCUGUGGGGUGCAGUCCUCUAAUCCAGGGAGUAAGCCCCAUUGGGCUCAGUGGAGCUUACUUUUGAUUAAGCAUAGAAUGGCCUCCCAGUGGCCCCUCACCUUUCCAGUGGCCCCUGCCCCUUUAAUAGGAGUGCAGAAGAGGAAAACAACCCACACCUGCUGAAAUUCUUCUUCCACUCUGCUAUUAAAGGUACAGGAGCCCUGUCUUCUUUCUGCCCCCCAUCGUGUGGCUAUGGGAGCUGAAAAGAGCCCCAUUUUGGGGUGGCAAGAGGCUGCUGACUCUCAAACGCCAAGCGCCGUCCACAGGGAGUUGCCUGGCGCCUCCCAUUAAUGCCCUUCUCGGGGCAUCGUUCUGGGCUCAGGAAUUGGACCCACCGAGACCUUUCUCGCAUCAGAGCUGACAAGUGCGCCCCGUCCCCUUCUGCCCGCUCAGGAGGAGGAGAGGGCCAGGCUCUCUUGCGACUUGGAGGAGGAGCGUCGGCAGGUGCGCAGCCUGGAGGCGGAGUGGAACCUGGAGCGCCGGCAGCAGGAGACCCUGCGGGCAACGCUGGAGGAGCAGCAGAAGGCAUGGGCCCAGCGCGAGAGGCAGCUGGAGCAGCAGCAGCAGGUCCUGCAGGAGGAGAGCCGCUCCCAGAUGGACAAGGAGAAGGUGAGAGAGAGAGAGGCUCCUCCCAGGCCUUCUGAACCCCUUGCAGGGGCGGUUUCCCUCCCCAUUUAAGAGCACAAUCAAAAGCAUGGGUAGGCAAACUAAGGCCCGGGGGCCGGAUUUGCCCAAUCACCUUCUAAAUCCAGCCCACAGAUGGUCUGGGAAUCAGCGUGUUUUUACAUGAAUAGAAUGUGUCCUUUUAUUUCAAAUGCAUCUCUGGGUUAUUUGUGGGUCCUGCCUGGUGUUUUUACAUGAGUAGAAUCUGUGCUUUUAUUUAAAAUGCAUCUCUGGGUUAUUUGUGGGGCAUAGGAAUUCGUUCAUUAUUUUUUUCCCAAAAUAUAGUCUGGCCCACCACAAUGACUGAGGGCAGUGGACUGGCCCCCUGCUGAAAAAGUUUGCUGACCCCUGAUCAAAAGCUUUGCCUCGCAGGCAGUUUCUUACACUAGAACGCAUGGACACCCUCUGAAGUUAUUACCCAUAGUUGCACUUAAAUAUAUACAUGGUUCUUGUCGCCAGUCAUUGUAAAUGGCGUGGCCAAAGGAAAUGGGAUGUAGAGAGGUCAGCCUGUGACCGUUCACAGGAAACAGUAAUUGAUAACACAGACAUUCUGGCAUCGGCGUUAGCAUUAGCAAAUGUUAAAGUAAAAGCAUUGUGCCAGUUCUAUUAACUGUGAGUGGAGUUGGAAAUUUAGUAGGUUAACUUGAGAAUAAGCCUACACUUGAGAUUAAGCCUAAAUUUGAGAAUAAGCCUAAACUUGGAUUAAGAACGCUGCAAACCUGGAAGUAGGUGUUUUGGUUUGUGAACUUUGCCUUGGAAGCAGAACAUGUUCCGCUUCCUGCUGAGGGUGUUCCGUUUGUAAAUUGAGUCCCCUGCUGGUACGGGAAAGCGCACCUUGGUUUAAGAACGCUUUGGUUUAAGAACAGAUUUCCGGAACGGAUUAAGUUUGUAAACCAAGGUACCAAUGUAGUUCGAUUUUGGACAAUUUAAUUUUUUAAAAGAGAGCUGGUUGCAAUCCUGAGCUUACUUGCUAGCAAGCAAUUCUCACCAAAUUCCACGGGUAAUACUAUUUUUAUCAUUUAAACAAUGCUCAUCAGUGUGCAUAGGAUGGCUCCUCCCCUCCUGAGCUUACAAUAUAAGCUCAGGCAAGGCAGCAUCCUAUAUUCCUAUCCCCUUUUAAAUCUCUCCUACCCUCCCUUGGCCCUCUUUCAGAAAGACUCAGCCCCACGCCGGCUGUCCUACUCCAGACUCCUGCCUUCAUUUUUUUACUGAGGCUGUAGCAGGCAGGCUCAAUAUGGAGAAGAGCAGCUAAAUUUCUGGGACUGCUGUAGAAAAAUAAGUAGGACUUUGAGUACUUUAUCAGUAGGGUUUCUUACCUGGCUGCUCAGCUGCAGUAUUCCAGGACAAGAAAGGGCCACAGUCCUUCUGUAAGGAAACCCCUUCAGAAGAGGCGUGGCCUGUUUUGCCUAGUGGGCGGGGCUGACUCUGGCUCCACCUUUGAGCCAUAGCCUCUUACACGGAGCACAGAGGCAGGGGAGGCCUUGUUUGCUAUGGAAUCCCAAGGCUGGGAAGAACUACCACCCUAUGGAAGAAAUCCCCACCCUAUGGAGGAAAAGCGCAGGCCGCGGCGGCAGCAGCCUUCUCAGUCUGUGAGUUGUGGGGUAGAGAUGUCUCAUUCUGAUUUGGCUGUGUGCGUACGUGGGCCAGCUGUUACCUGCGGGUCCACGUCUAAUCUUGGUUAACAGGACUAGGAAAGAACUCCAGGAAACAAUAUCCAUGGCUCCAGAUCUGGUUUAAUCACACACACAAAAGCCCCUGCUGCUUUUGCUCACUUUUCUGUUUCAAGGAGCCCUUUAAUUUUUAAUUUUAAAAAAAAUAUUUUUAAUUGAUCAAUUGCCACAUAACAAAUUAUCAAACCAUAUAAUCACAUACAUUAUUUCCCCCCCUUGCCCCCUCCCUCCCUCCCCCACCAAGGACUUCCCUCAGCUCCUCUCCCUGAUUUCUCUUCACAUAUUUCCUCUGCAUAUUAUAAAAUUGUACAAAGACUUACAUAUCUAUCCAUCAUGUUGUCAACCAACAAAUUUGUGUAUGUUUAUUCAAAACCUGCCAAGGAGUCCAAUUCAUUUUGUUGUCUUUUUAAAUAAUUUGUAAAAAACUCCCAUUCCUCCUUAAAGUCACAGUUGCCCUUGUCUCGCAGUUUGUAAGUCAAAGAUAUAUUCCUCUAUUUUACAAGUUUUUUCCUUCCCUUUCUUAUGCAAUUCUGAAAAGUAUUUUACAAAUGCUGCUCUUAUUUCCAUCAUCUUGUCUGUGAUCUUUAAUUUUUAAGGUUUCUAGUCCUGAGUGAUUCAGAGAAAAGCUUUAAAAAUAUUCUGCUGCUCAGAAACGGGAUGCCAGCAAACGUCCCUCAUCUGACUCUUGUGACUUGCUGCUCCUUUGUUGUGCCCUUUAAUAGCUAAGGCAGGCCUUGCAAUGUGUUUACUCCCUAAAUGAUUGUUUUGCCACCACUGAGAGCAUCGGGUGAACAGCACCUGCUAGACUAGGCCAGUGGUCUUCUCUAAACCUGCAUCAUGUUGCUCUUGGUGGCCAACCAGGUGCCACAAGCAGGGUGUCGUUAUACUAGCCUGCUUCCCCUUGUGUUCUCUUGCAACUAGUCAUAGAAUCAUAGAAUCAUAGAAUCAUAGAAUCAUAGAGUUGGAAGAGACCACAAGGGCCAUCGAGUCCAACCCCCUGCCAAGCAGGAAACACCAUCAGAGCACUCCUGACAUAUGGUUGUCAAGCCUCUGCUUAAAGACCUCCAAAGAAGGAGACUCCACCACACUCCUGGGCAGCAAAUUAGUCUUCGGAGGCAGCAUGCUGUCUCUUAACCUGGAGGGGUUCGUUUUCGUGAUCUGUGAUCUUCAGGUGAAGGGCAGUAUACAAAUUAGGUAGAUAAAUAGCUAGCCAGCCGUCAUGGCUCAUAGCCCUUGAAUAGUCAGGGAGGGACCAUGGCUCUGUUGCAGAACAUCUGCAUUGGAUGCAGAAGGUCCAGGAUUCGUCCCUGGUGGCUUAUCCUACAAGCAUCUGGCUUGGCCACUGUGAGAACAGGAUGGUGGACUGCGUGGGCCAUUGGCCUGAUCCAGCAGCCAGGCACUUCUUACAUUCCUGUCUAGGUUGGGUUGCGAAUGUCCCCUACCUGAAAGCUUGGAGAGUGGCUGCCAGUCAGUGUAGGCACCACUGCGCUAAAUGGAUCCGUGAUCUGAGGCAGCAGCUUAGGGGAGGAGUGGGAAGGGGAGAGACAGGUUUGUUCCCACUCAGGAUUUCCUUGUUUUUGCCAGUGAGGCUUCUGUGUGUGCCUUGUUCUACCACUUCACUGGCAGCGAUUCAUCGGGUAAAGCUUUUCCAAACACUGCGCCAGAGAAGGCAGUUGUUGGAUUUCUGCCUCUUGGGUCAUCCCUAAAGCCACAGGAGGCCUGCCAGGGGGGAAAACAACAACAGAUGGCGCAAAUUUAGAUGAUCUUAGGAACGCGGGUGGCGCUGUGGGUUAAACCACAGAGCCUAGGACUUGCCGAUCAGAAGGUCGGCGGUUCGAAUCCUCGUGACGGGGUGAGCUUCCGUUGCUCGGUUCCUGCUCCUGCCAACCUAGCAGUUUGAAAGCACGUCAAAGUGCAAGUAGAUAAAUAGGUACCAUUCUGGUGGGAAGGUAAACGGCGUUUCCGUGCACUGCUCUGGUUCGCCAGAAGCGGCUUAGUCAUGCUGGCCACAUGACCCGGAAGCUGUACGCCGGCUCCCUCGGCCAAUAAAGCGAGAUGAGCGCCACAACCCCAGAGUCGGCCAUGACUGGACCUAAUGGUCAGGGGUCCCUUUACCUUUUAAGUAGCAUAAGAAACCAUUUUGCUAGGAAUAAAAUAAAAGCCUUCACUCUUUUCUGCUACACUUCCUUGCUGCUGUAGUCAGCCUUGUAAUUCCGGAUUCAGAUUAUUCCCACCUGUCAUAGUCUAAACAUGCCGUUUGUGAUGAGCGGAAAGCCUCGGCAGAUGAUCUGGGAGGCUCCUGGCCUCUGCUUUGUUUGAGUUAAUUCCUAAUUCCUAGUUCUGCACAAUAUAUACGCAGGUGGCCAGUCCCAAGUGGGAACAGGCUGGAAGGCGAAGCCGUCUUGCCUCUCUCCCCCUUCGCGACGAAUAGUGAACUGAUCCAGCUGCCGCGCAGAUUUUGUUAUUUUGCAUGCAGCCAUUGAGCAGGUUGCCCUGAGAGCCUUGCUUUUGGAGGGAGGGGCAGCGAUGAGAAGGGAUUUCCCCAGGGGGACGGAUCCUUUCCCUCACAUUUAGGCAGAAACCAGGUUGCUUCAGAGUUGCCCUUGAAAAUCUGGAACGGUUCAGACGUGGCUUUCAAUGGUAUUUGUUGCUCAGGGAGAGGAUGCUGGCGGGGGGUGGGGACGGACGGACACACAACACCGCAAGCUAGGGAUGCAGUUGGGAGGCAGGCUUUGUGGGGAGAUGGUGGUGGGGUGCUUGGAGUCUCGGCAGCUUCUUUCACCAGAUGUCAAAGAGAACAGCAACAACAGCCCUGUUUAGGGAAGCUUUUAAUGUUUGAUGGUUUACUGUAUUUUAAUAUUUUGUUGGAAGCUGCCCAGAGUGGCUGGGGAAGCCCAGCCAGAUAGGCGAGGUAUAAAUUAUUAUUAUUAUUAUUACUACUACUAUCAUUAUUAGGUAAAGGUAAAGGGACCCCUGACCAUUAGGUCCAGUCGUGGCCGACUCUGGGGUUGUGGCGCUCAUCUCGCUUUAUUGGCUGAGGGAGCCGGCGUACAGCUUCCGGGUCAUGUGGCCAGCAUGACUAAGCCGCUUCUGGCGAACCAGAGCAGCACAUGGAAACACUGUUUACCUUCCCAUCGGAGCGGUACCUAUUGAUCUACUUGCACAUUGACGUGCUUUCGAACUGCUAGGUUGGCAGGAGCAGGGACCGAGCAACGGGAGCUCACCCCGUCGCGGGGAUUCGAACCGCCGACCUUCUGAUCGGCAAGCCCCAGGCUCUGUGGUUUAACCCACAGCGCCACCUAUUAUUAUUAUUCAGUGCGUACCCUACUUCUCCUCCUCCUCACCCCUUGUCUAGGCAGUGGCCCAGCGCGAAGCUCAGAAAGCGUCCGACGCCCAGCGUGUCCUGGCCUCGGUGCAGUCGGAAGUUCAAGGGCUGGAGGCCGAGCUGGAGGCCAUGCGCCGAGAGAGAGACAACCUGAAGAUGGAGAUGAGUUUGGUCAAGGUAAGGUGGGCAACCGGCCUUCCCAAGCGAGGGUGCUGCUUUCGCGGUGGGUGGGGGAACCGCAGCAAAUAUGAGAGUUCAGACAUUUUGCACAAAAGGAAGUCCUCUUCCAUGCAGUGCGUAAACUACGAAACUCCCUCCCACAGGAGGCGAUGAUGGGCACCAACCUAAAAAAGGGUUAGAUAAAUUCGUGGAGGAGAGGACUACUGCUGGCCAUUAGCCAUGAUGGCUAUGCUCUGCCUCCAGACUGGGAGGCAGUAAUGCUUCUGAAUGCUGGAAGUUGCUGGAAGCCAUAAGAGGGGAGAGAAGCUCUUGUGCUCAGAUCCUGUUUGCUGGUUUCUCACAGGCAUCUGGUGAAAACAGGAUGCUGGACUAGGUGGGCCAAGAUUGUACAGUCAUACCUCUUGUUACGUUAGCUUCAGGUUACGUCUUUUCAGGUUGCGUCCCGCGGCGACCUGGAAGUACCGGAAAGGGUUACUUCCGGGUUUCGCCACCCGCGCAUGCGCAGAAGCGCAAAAUGACGUCAUGCGCAGAAGCGGCGACCUGCGCGUGCGCAGACGCAGGUUGCGUUCUCUUCAGGUUGCGAACGGGGCUCCGGAAUGGAUCCUGCUCGCAACCAGAGGUACCACUGUAAUUGAAUUGUAUGGAAGGAGGAGUUUUGAUUGCUGCAACUUUUCCCUGUGAUUGCCAGUGGCGGAGCUCUGAUGACGGACCUCACGUACCACUCGCCCAGUUAUCAAGUUGCUAUGGCUAAUAAAAUAAUAAUAAAUUUAUUUCUUAUACACUGCCCUUCUGGCUGGGUUUCCCUAGGCACUUAGGGUGGCUCCCAACAGAAUAUUAAAAACAUAAUAAAACAUCAUGGCAAAAACAUGACUAAUAAAGAAUACUACUACUACUACUACUACUAAUAAUAAUGUUACAGAUACAGCAGUCCCGUUGAGCUGAGGUUGGUGCACGCACCUCUUUGAUUCAAGGGCUUUCACCUUCAGCUGAAGUCUUUGUACCUGGCAUUUGCAAGCUCCUUGAGGACUAGGAACAUGUCAAGUCUUAAAUGCAACACUAGAAGCUUGAAGUGACUUUCCCUUCCAUCCCCACCCCGUCCCCUUUUGCACGUAGGCACGUUACGAGGCACAGAAGGUGAAGCUGGAGUCGGAGCUGAAGGUGGCCUUAGAGCAGCGGGUGACGGAGCGCAUGGCCGAAGUUCACGAGGAGAGCUUGCGCCAGAUGAGCAGCAUGAGGGAGCAGCACAGGUGGGGCGGGGCUCUAGGCCCUUCUGCGCCAAGCGCACCUCCAGCCAGAGGGAACCCCUGUCCUUAGAAGGCCAGCGCAGAUAGCCAGCCCUCCUUCCUGGCUCUGGAGACGUGAUAGAGGUUUAUAAAAUUAUGCAUGGCAUAAAGCAAAGUCCCUCCCCUCUCAUAACAUUCAAAACGGAGAUUUGGGACAAAUAAAAGAAAGUACCGUAUUUUUCGCCCCAUAGGGCGCAAGUAGUUCUUUUGGGGGGGAAAUAAAGAAAAUAAAAUUUAUUUCCCCCCCAGCCCCCAGAACAGGCUGCUCUCCGCAAGCCGUGGGAGCCCUCCCAUGGCUUGCGGAAAGCUACCCAAAGCCUGGGGCGCGACUGCUCAGCGCACCCCAGGCUUCGGGAUAGAGGCAGCUCUCCGCAAGCCGUGGGAGCCCGGCGGGAACUCCCGCGGGCUCCCAAGGCUUGCGGAUAGCUUCCUGAAGCCUGGAGAGCGAGAGGGGUCGGUGCGCACCGACCCCUCUCGCUCUCCAGGCUUCAGGAAAGCCUGCAUUUGCCCCAUAGGACGCACACACAUUUCCCCUUCAUUUUUGGAGGGGAAAAAGUGCCUCCUAUAGGGCGAAAAAUACGGUACCUUUUCAUGCAGUGCAUAGCUGGAACUGUGGAACUCGCUCCCAUAAAAGGCAGUGAUGGCCAUUGACUUGUAUGGUUUUAAAAGAGGAUUAAACAACUUAAAGGAGGAGAAGGAGAGGGCUGUCGAUGGCUACUAGCCAUGAUAGGUACACUUGCGGGUUUCCCACAGGCAACGGCUACUUGUGAGAACAGAAUGUGGAGCAGAUGGGCCUUGAUCUAAUAAUAAUAAUAAUUUUUUAUUUAUACCCCGCCCUUCCCGGUUCAGAAAACCAGGCUCAGGGCAGCUAACAACUGAUUUAAAACACUUAAUUGAUGCAACAAAAAACAGCAUAAAAUACAGUAUAAAACGUGAAUAACAAUAAAUUCAGAAUUCAAAAAUCAAUUUAGGGGGAAAUGCAUCCAAUAAACAUGAGAUGAUCACCAGGGCUAGCUGGCUGAAUUAGUCCUAUUUGGGCCAGUGAUGAGACCAGGGGAGAAUUAGCUGUGGGAUCCCAGAGCGGGUAAUCUUCAUAAAAAGGGGAGGGGGAGGGAAGGAAGGGGGAAUAAAAGAUCAGGCUAAGUUCAAGUUGAAAGCCAGGCGGAAUAGCUCUAUCUUACAGGCCCUGCGGAUGGAAGUUAAAUCCUGCAGGGCCCUGGUCUCACGGGACAGAGCCUUCCACCAGGUCGGAGCCAUCACUGAGAAGGCCCUGGCCCUGUUGGAGGAUAAUCUGACUUCCUUAGGGCCCGGGCUCUUCUCGUGUUCUCUUGUUAGAUCAAGCCAGCAACUGGCUUUAUCUUGAGACAGGUGGGGAGGGGGGAAGAGCUUCCCCUUACUUUCAUAAUAAAGCCUUUUCCUAAGGUUCCCCCUCCCUCAGUUAAUGACUGUGCUAGGGAAACGGAGUGAGGAUGAGUGGAUUCAAGAUGGCUCCUCCUCGAGCCCAUCCCUGCCUUUUUCAAGAUCCGCUGCUGCUUGGGGAGCCGUCAACGUCUUGGCUUUAAACCAGAAGUUCUUGUUUUCGGAGUCUGACCCCUUUCCUUCCCUUGGCAGGAAGCAGCUGCUGGAGCUGAGCAGCCACCACGAGAAAGAACUGGCCAGCCAGCUAGCCCAGUUCAAAGCCGACCUGGCGGAGAGGGAGGAGAGGCAGAGGCACCUGGCGGAGGACUACGAGUGCAGGUAUCUGGAAGCGGGGCGAGGGGGAGGUCUUUCUGGGGGUGCUGGGGAAGCUGUGUGUGGAGAAGGGGAAGGAGGGCUGGGCGGUGUCUGGUUUUCAACAUUGCAAUAUAUCACCAGCUAAACAUCGUGGUAUAUCAAUAUAUCACAAUGCCUCAAAUAAGGCUGGAACUAUGUAGGGGCAAACAGGCUAAUGCCCUGGCAACUGGACAUUUAGGGGUCUGGUACAUUUUUUACGGGUGGCGCUGCGGGUUAAACCACAGAGCCUAGGACUUGCCAAUCAGAAGGUUGGCGGUUCGAAUCCCCGCGAUGGGGUGAGCUCCCGUUGCUCGGUCUCUGCUCCUGCCAACCUAGCAGUUCGAAAGCACGUCAAAAAGUGCAAGUAGAUAAAUAGGUAUCGCUCCGGCGGGAAGGUAAACGGCGUUUCCGUGCGCUGCUCUGGUUCGCCAGUAGCGGCUUAGUCAUGCUGGCCACAUGACCCGGAAGCUGUACGCCGGCUCCCUCGGCCAGUAAAGCGAGAUGAGCGCCGAAACCCCAGAGUUGGCCACGAUUGGACCUAAUGGUCAGGGGUCCCUUUACCUUUACCUUUAUGUACAGUGGUACCUCGGGUUAAGAACUUAAUUCAUUCUGAAGGUCCGUUCUUAACCUGAAACUGUUCUUAACCUGAAGCACCACUUUAGCUACUGGGGCUGCCGCACCGCCAGAGCACAAUUUCUGUUCUCAUCCUGAAGCAAAGUUCUUAACCCGAGGUACUAUUUCUGGGUUAGCGGAGUCUGUAACCUGAAGCGUCUGUAACCUGAGGUGUCUGUAACCCGAGGUACCACUGUAGAGGCAAACAGGGUAAUGCCCUGGCAACUGGAUAUUUAGGGGUCUGAUACAUUUUUUUUUUACUUUUUACAUACCUUUAACUGUUAUUUUAUAGUCAGUGCCAUGGGGCGACAGGAAUCAGGAGAGAAGCACAUGCACACACAUUGUGAUUGGCGAUAUAUUUGCCAUAUAUCGCCAUGCUGAAUAUUAUGAAACUGUUUCUGUGAUGUGGAAGGCUGUCCUAGAAGCAUGGUGUCUUUCCCACCCACCCCAUAACCCCACCCAGGAUCUCCAAGCAGCAAGAGGAGAUUCGGGAACUGCAGGCCAAGUCUCGGCGGCUGGAGAUGCAGCGAGCGGAGAUGAUGAGCCAGUUCCAGGCUAUGAUGAAGGCGCACUGGAACGAGGCCCUGCGCCUCUUCACCAGUGGCAGCCCAGCCUCCCCACAGCCCGACACCAAAGCCCAGCAGCAGCAGCAGCAGGUGAGAGCCUCAUUGGCACCGUAAGCAGAGCUGUCCUCACUCCUGGCACUCCCAGCUUUGACCCUCACUGGAAAUGUAAAUUGUUGAGGAGAAGAGUGGUGAGGGCAGCCUUUGCCAACACAACACUGCCCACGUGGAAAAACAGAAAAUAAAAUGUUUUUUAAAAACCCCCACUGCCCAGAUGUUUUGGACUGUCACUCCCAUCUCAACUAAAAAAGUUUGAAGUAGGACUUGCCUCUGCGCAAGCCAUGCCUGGUUAUUCUUCAGCAAGGCUUGUCCUUCGGCAUCAGCCUUUCUGAAGCUGGCGCCUUCCUAGCUUUCCAAACUGCAACUCCCAGCUGGCAACUACCGCCACUUGCUUCCCUUUCUUCUGGACAUGGGGUGUCUCUCCUUGGAGUUCAGCCCUGGCUGGGAGUUUUAGAGGGCGCCAGCUUGGGGGGUGUGUGGCAGCAGCGAUUACUAUUGUUGUUGUUGUUGAGUUGUUUAGUCGUGUCCGGCUCUUCGUGACCCCCUGGACCAGAGCACGCCAGGCACUCCUGUCUUCCACUGCCUCCCGCAGUUUGGUCAGACUCAUGUUUGUAGACCGUCCAACCAUCUCGCCCUCCGUCGUCCCCUUCUCCUUGUGCCCUCCAUCUUUCCCAACAUCAGGGUCUCUUCCAGGGGGUCUUCUCUUCUCAUGAGGUGGUCAAAGUAUUGGAGCCUCAGCUUCAGGAUUUAACAACUGCUAAAACUGACUCCUGCCCCCACAUCCCUUUGCCAUCCGUGAACACUGUGUCUUACCUGAACUAUAUUGCUUCACUCUUCUGAAGCAUCUGGAGGGUGGUGAAGGCAGGGCUGGGAGAAUGAGCUCAGGAUUCCUGGUUUGACUCUUGAGCUUGGAACUCACUGAGUGACCUGAGGCCAGUUUCCCCCACCCUCCGAAGCCUCACCUGCAGUAGCAGCUUCACAACACUAUCCUGGUUAGUUUAGUUAUUCGUAUCGUCAAACCUUUUAUUGGCACCACAUACAAACAUCCAAAACAAAUCAGUACAGAAUUACCACCUCCCCAGUGGCACAAAAGAUUUGCUAAAAGAAAGGAGGCAGAGCAGUCUAUCGUCACAUCUCUUGGUCUCCAGGGAGAUCAGACGUCGGCAGUGUAUUCCGACAACAAAAAAACCAAAUAGAGAUAUUUAGCCACUAACUUGGUGAGCUCCUGAUCAUCCCCCAGUAAUAGAAAAUGUAUGACCUCCGACUCUGGUUUCCAUUUGGGGAUGCAGAGUUGAUCUAGAAAUUGCUGACGGAGAUCAGCAUAUAGUUUACAAUUAAGAACCAUGUGUGUGAGGGUUUUCACCAGGUGGUCUUCACCUGGGCAAGUUCUUUCUCCUUCCGCCCUGCCUGAGAACCUUCCCCAGAGGAGGUUGGAUGGACUUGAAUUAAACCUGGCCAGCGAAAAUGCCCUUCUUUCUUGAGGGUUAAGCAGAAAUUCAGGGUAAUUGUGGUUAGUUUCAUGUGCCCGAGAAAGUUGGAAAUAAAGAGGGGGGGCAUGUUUUCUCUGCUGCUACUGUUAGUUCUUGGCGUUCAAUAUCCGACAACCUAGUUAGUUUAUUUAUUGCAUUUUAAUGCCACUUUUUCCUCCGGGGAGCUCAAGGUCGUGUGCUGGGCUCCCCCCCCCCCCCCAUUUUAUCCUCGCAAUAACCCUGUGAGGUAGGUUAGGCUGAGGGGCAGCGACUGAUCCAGGCAUCCAGUGUGCUUCAUGGCUUAAAUGGGGAUUCGAACACUGGUGAAUCACAGCAAGAUCAACGUUGCAAAAUUUCCAGAGCUCCCUUGCCUUUGAGCAGAUCCUUUGUACAAUUCACCAGGCUUUAAGAACCCUGUAGAUUUGUUGCUCAGUUCUUCGUUAAGAAGAGAUUCCUGUUGCUGCUCAAUUUCCAUUGCGUGAAGAACGACUACUGUAUUUUUUGCUCUAUAAGACUCACUUUUUCCCUCCUAAAAAGUAAGGGGAAAUGUGUGUGCAUCUUAUGGAGCGAUUGCAGGCUGCGCAGCUAUCCCAAAAGCCAGAACAGCAAGAGGGAUCGCUGCUUUCACUGCGCAGCGAUCCCUCUUGCUGUUCUGGCUUCUGAAAUUCAGAAUAUUUUUUUUCUUAUUUUCCUCCUCCAAAAACUAGGUGUGUCUUGUGGUCUGGUGCGUCUUAUAGAGUGAAAAAUACGGUACUUUCCUUUUAGCUGCAGGGUGCUUUAUUGAGGGGGAGGGGACUGACCAGUGCUGCCUUCGGAGCUUGCUGUCUUUUAACCCCUUGCCCUCCUUCCAUAGGACGCCUCCUCCAACCUGGAGCUUCCUCAGCCCUCCGAAUCGCUGACGAAGACCCAGAAGGCGGAAUCUCUUGGGAGCAGCCAAGGGGCAGGGGACUGCGAGGGGUCGGCGUGGGCGCAGGCGGUCCCCCUCCAGCCUGCCGCCCAGCGCAGCUCUUCGCGGGGCCCACCAGACGCUCCCGAGAAGUCCCUGCAAGAUGCUUACCGCCAUCUUCUCCCCUUGCUCCCAGACAUGGGGCGUCUCUCCUCGGAGUUCAGCCACGUUUUCAACUACAGCCUCCUCAGCCAGCCGGGCUUCCAGCAGCUGGAACCGCAGGUGGACAGCUCUGUAGCAGGUGCGCGUUGGGUCAAGUCCAUUAAUUUCAAUGGAUCUUCUCGCGAGUAAAACGUAGCGUCAUUUAAUACCACCCAUUGUGAGGACUUUUGUUCAUGUCAUUGUGAAACAGCUGCAGGUUUUUUGAAAAUAUAUUUUGGCCAAAGUGUCAGGCCAGUCGAUUUCUCUUCUUUGUUGUUUGACUUGCAUUCAUGCUUUGGAAAUACAGUGGUACCUCGGGUUACAUACGCUUCAGGUUACAUACACUUCAGGUUACACACUCCGCUAACCCAGAAAUAGUGCUUCAGGCUAAGAACUUUGCUUCAGGGUGAGAACAGAAAUUGUGAUCCGGCGGCGUGGCAGCAGCAGGAGGCCCCAUUAGCUAAAGUGGUGCUUCAGGUUAAGAACAGUUCCAGGUUAAGAACGGACCUCCGGAACGAAUUAAGUACUUAACCCGAGGUACCACUGUAUUUUAUCUGCAUGGUUGCCCUUCAUAAAGACAUAAAAACAUAGAAAUUGUCGGGUCAUCCUAGCCCAAGCCCUGCAGUGCAGGGAUCACAGCUGAAGAAUCCCUGACAUGCUUGUGUGAAUUUUACCUGGAAAUAGGUGGUUUUAAAAAAAGAAAGUUAAAAUGCAAGGGGACUGAAAGCGGCAAGUGAUUUGACCACAGUGGGCUUUUGCAACUGAGCAGAUAUUUAAACCCGGGCCUCCCAUAUUUCUCUGUUUCUGUCUCUCUCUCGCCUGCUUCAGGUCUGCCUUUCCACCCUGAUAACCUGGCGGAGCACCCGUUCACAGAUGACACAGAUGAGACCAUGACUGAGGCAGCAGGCCACGAGGGAGAGACCCUCCAGCAGAGCAGUUUGGAGGGUGGAGCUCAAGUGCCUCAGCCCGACUUGAAUUACUACUUGCGUUUGGUGUGUCUCGCCGUGAACCUAAUCUCUGCUCUUUCUCUUUUCAGUCUGUAGGGGUGGGAGGGAACUGUGAUGAUGGGAGUCCUUCAUUGCAGGGUGGGCUGAUUUCAAAUCAAGUCUUCUCAUUUUGAAAUGCAUCAUUUUGCUAUAGUGGCCUUCACCCUUCUUCUGAUAGGAAAUGCUCUGUGGGGACAGGAGGGGACAUAAAAAUGGGGGUGUCAAGGAGAGUCAGUGUGUGUGUGUGUGUGUGAGAGAGAGAGAGAGAUGCCCUAUUUUCAUCUGAGGAAUGUUGGAGGGUAUGCAAUGUGCAGCUUGCAUCCUUUUAUAAUACAGUCGUACCUUGGAAGUCGAACGGAAUCCGUUCUGGAAGUCCGUUCGACUUCCAAAACGUUUGGAAACCAAAGCGUGGAAGCCACAUCGGACGUUCAGCUUCUGGAGCCAAAACGUUCGAGAACUAAGCUGUUCGAAAACCAAGGUACGACUGUACUUAACUUCAGAAUCCUGAUAGUGGCUCUUUUUUACACAGAAAAGCACCCUUUGACUCAUGGUAAGAUGGGACAUAAUUCAGUUUUAAGUGACUCUCAGUUUUAAGUGCAUCAUGGUGGUGUUAAAGAUUUUGUUUUUAACGAGGUUGCUUAAAAGACACUUAUUCUAGGUUUACUUUAUUUUAUUUAAAUCUUCUGUUCUUAUCCACAGUGAAUUCUUGGCUGUUAAUUAUUUCUGUAGCAUAAACGUCUUAGGAGAGUAACUGCGGAAUCUUGACCGCUUCCUUGUUGAUUUCUUUGGCUAAGGAGAAGAUGGGUGUGCAGGAAGGAGGGAAGGAUGCACACCUAACUCCUGUCUCCUCACCACUCUCCAGAUUUUGGACCGCUCUGCAUAUGAAACUGCUGCGCAGAAGCAGGAAGGGGUCUCCACGGACAGCCCACCACCUGCCGCAAACCAGACGCAGUUCGGUAAGAGCAGGCCCCAGGCCCCUUCUCCUUCUGCACAAGGGAGCUCUGUGGUCCUCUUGUGGCUCCUGGCUGUCCCUCGCUCGCUCCCCAUCCCCUUGCUGCACCCACCUGUUAUUGGGAUACUGCUGGGAAGAUGGGGGCAUCAGGCAGGCCCCCAGCUGGCUCUAGCCACCGGCCGGCAGCUGGUCUCCCUUGGAACAGCAUCAAUCAGCGACACGAGCCUCAGAUACGUUUAAAGACCCGUGCACACUCUAUCAGCAGAGUGUGUAAAUCUUCUCACAGCAGAAGAGGCAGACCGAGAAAUGUGUAAGCAUAAUGUACAGCAUUUUAUUCAGCAUAGUUCAGGAACAAAGGAAAACAUGUCUGCUUCCCUUCGUCUCCAGCAAAACAGCAGGAAGCAAAAGCAAUAUACAAAACGGAAGUUCCCAGCAAGUGCUGGAAGUAAACAGGCAUGUGACACACAACAGUCCUGCCUGUUCCCUUUUAAGGUGGAACGGAACUAUAUCCUAACACCUGUGGGUGGUGCAUCUCCCUAUGGGUGAUGGUCGCUGGCAUGUUCAAGGCAGUGGCUGGAAGGGCGUUCAGGGUUUGCAGAGCACUGGACUGCUGCUAGCGAUCUUCCUCGACUCUUACUCUGAGAUCAGUACCCUGGAGAGCUGCAGCCAGUUAGCAGAGACAGUUCUGAUCUAGAGAGACCAAUUAUUCAGACUCUGAACAGCUUUCCACCUUCCUGCAUUCUGUGGGUCUCUCCCUCUUGCAGCCACCAUCCGGUGGCUGCCGUGGGGGGAGAUCGCGCUCAGGGGGCUCAUUUCACCAGCUUUGCCAGAGGCACCUCCUGCCCCUGAGCUGUGCCAACCAGUCAUCAUUGCAACAAGUGUUUAUAAACCAGUUGCUGACUUUCCAUUUUGAUUUUCCUCUUCCCUCCCUGCUGCCUUUCCCUUCUGCAUUGCGGGCUUUUGCUUUGCUUUUUUAGACUGUAAGCCCGCGGGUGGGGACUGCCUCUUUGGCCGAAGACCUGGGUGCAAGUAAAUAAAGAACCAGUGCUCAAAAUCUUCCCGACCUCCUUUCCAGGCACGUCGCUGUCCUACCACGAACGGUCCACAGCCCUGUGGGAUCCGGCCCAGCCGUCUGCCAGCACCAUUCACAUCCAGCAGCCCAGCAGUACUGCCGUCCACAAAACCAAAGUACCUUUGCUCAAAGGUAGGCAGGCCAGGCCAGGCUGCUUGCACCCGGAAGCAGCCCUGCCCCAGUGUGGUGUAGUGGUUAAGAGCAGUGGACUCGUAAUCUGGUGAACCAGGUUCAAUUCCCUGCUCCUCCACAUGCAGCUGCUGGGUGACCUUGGGCUAGUCACACUUCUCUGAAGUCUCUCAGCCUCACUCACCUCACAGGGUGUUUGUUGUGGGGGAGGAAGGGAAAAGGAGAUUGUUAGCCGCUUUGAGACUCCUUAGGGUAGUGAUAAAGCGGGAUAUCAAAUCCAAACUCUUCUUCUUUACACCCAAGGCAAAACCCUGGUGUCUGGCCAUCCCAUGAGUGGCAGUGGCUAUCCCUCUAGUAUGAAUUCUGUGGGCCCAUUCCCUGAUCUUUCCCCCCCUUUUUCCUCCGCAGCCCACGAGGGGGGGAUCCUGUCCCCAAAGCAGGUUGCUGAAGUUUCACGCCUGCUGAGGCACCACCAGGCCAAAGGCAGGGCUGUGCCUUCUCCAGAGGACCUGUAUAAAUACUUGCGCGAGAUAGGCCAGAAUGGGUAAGGCUGAGGUGUGUGUGUGGGGGGGUGUAUUUUCCUGACUCCAGGCACAACCUCUUUUUGGGGGGGGGGUUGGCAGGGUUUAGACAGGGCUCCUCAAAAAAUGUUGCCCUCUGCGGUGCGGGGCAGAGGAAAGAGACAGGCUUUAGGGUUUCCUGGUUUUUUUAUAGAAGGGGCCUGAAUUUCAUUGUACAGGAUUUUGUUUUUGUUUUUAUAAUAUUUUUUAUUAAUUUUUAGCAUACAAAAAUUUUGAAGACGUACCACACAAAUUAUUAUACAUAUGUCCUUGUUUGGAUUUCCUUCAGCAUCUCUGAUAGCCUUCCGUCUUGAUUAUUUCUCCUGCAAUUCUUAACUUAAUAUUGCCUUUACCUUUUCUAACAAAUCAUUUCUCCAUUUUUACAAUAUUUCUUAAAUUACUCCUCACAGAACUUCUUGUAGUCCUACAAACGUAAUCUGAUCAUCACAAAUACUUUUCAGAUACUCAGUAAAUUUAGUCCAGUCUUCGGUAAACCUCUGGUCCCGCCGGUCUCAGAUCCUUCCUGUUAGCUUGUCUAAUUCUGUGUAGUCCAUCAAUUUCAUCCUCCAUUCUUCUAAUGUUGGUAGUUCUUCUUGCUUCCAUUUUUGGGCCAAUAAUAUUCUUGCUGCUGUUCCUGCAGGAUUUUGUACAGGAUUUUGGUGGGCGGCAGGGGCAGGAUGCCUCAGUUUUGUUCUGAAGCAGAAUUCCCAUCUUCUUCCCUUUUUUUUUCUCCUUCUGGUGGGGGUGUUUUGCUUCAGGACAGAUGCCAAAGGCGAUGCAAAUCUGCAAGCGCGCCGGAACCCCAACCCCAAGUUGAUUGACGCCAUGAGGAAAGAGGUACGUGCGCCAUUCUUUUGGAAGGGGCGGGAGAAAUUCUGAGGUAGGAGUUGCUCUUUAAUUUUCAGGAACGGCGGAGAAGGGGUGGGGAGGCAGGUUAACGAACCAGGGAGCAGAAAGCUUAAAUCUUAUAGGAGGUUUUGGUCUGUCAUGUCGAGGAACGGGUGUCUGUCAAAAGCCACUGUCAUUCACCCCCUCUUCCUUCUUCAGAUGGCCUCUGCACGCCGCGUGGGUGCUUCGGGGUUUGGGCGCGAGAGACCCCAGGCCGCUGCCAAAGCUGGGAAGAAGCCCUCCAGCACGCCUGCCUUGAACCCUCGCACCAGCAGAGGAGGCGGCGGCGUGUGGCGAUGAUAUUUGGCGCAGCUGGACUGUUUAUUCCUUACCACGCUGACCUUCCCCCUCCCCUUCCCUGACCUGUCUGGGCCUCUGGUGGGGUGUCUGGGAGCUGCUCUCUGAUUUGAAGCCCCCGCCUUAAUCUCCAGUUUUACCCUCCAACCAUUUGCUCCAACCUGGAGUCUAAAGUGUUGCCUUUUAAAAAACGGAAUGUGCGUGUUGGAUUUUGUGGGUUUGCUUUUUUUGGAAAAACGAAACCUUCUCUUAAACCCUGCAGCUUUGAGAGACUUGAGGUGGCAGGAACACCAGCUCCUCUUUUUUCUUAUUCCCAGCAAAAGGCGACGGCCCUCGCUGGGCUCAGUGCCCUUUGCAUCUGUCCCUCCUCCUGCCCUCCUCCCCAUCUCCCUCCUCAAGUCAACUUCAGCCAUUUCGUUCUCUGGAGAGAGGAGGACGAUGAUUCAAGGCAACCUGGUUCACCCGUCAAAGCAGCUUGGUUGCAGUUGUGCAUAUAGGAGGUUGCAGGGGGCAAGAGGCCUUCCCUUCCUUAACGAAACCUUUCUGGGCCUCUUUCCCAACACGCUGCAUCCUGAUGUUUUAAGUGCUUUGUUCUGAGUGUGCUGUUUUAGACACACCUGGCUUUGCAGUGUAAGUUGACUCUCUUUUUGCACAGUUAAUUAUUUUUGUAUUAUCACUGUUAUUAUUUUCUAAAAUAAAGGAAUAUUGAGCAGUCG